GAAACUAUCACCACUGGGUUCAACCCCUAGUAGUAAACCACACUUUCACUCCAGACACAAUGGCCUCUUCCCAGCAGAUCGAAAAGUUCGUCAUCAAGACGCCCUGCUCGAGCGCCAACAUCGGCCCCGGCUUCGACGUCAUCGGCCUGGCCUUGUCCAUGUACCUGGAGCUCCAUGUCACCAUCGACCGCUCCAAGACGACUUCGGACAAGCCGCUGAACUGCCGCAUCACCUACGAGGGCCAGGGCGAGGAGGAUAUCAGCCUGGAUCCCGAGGUUAACCUUAUCACCCGUGUUGCUCUCUACGUCCUCCGCUGCAACGACCAGCGCAGCUUCCCCGUCGAGACUCAUGUGCACAUCAAGAACCCCAUCCCCCUCGGAAGAGGUCUGGGUUCCUCCGGCGCCGCUGUCGUCGCCGGUGUCCAGCUCGGCAAGGAGGUCGGCGGUCUGCACGACCUCACUCCCGAGCGUCUCUUUGACUACUGCCUCAUGAUUGAGCGCCACCCCGACAACGUCGGCGCCGCCCUCUUCGGUGGCUUUGUCGGCACCUACCUCAAGCCCCUCACCCCCGAGGAGACCGCCCGCACUGAGAUUCCCCUCAGUGAGGUCCUCCCCGCCCCCGCCGGCGGUGUCGACACGGGCGUCAAGCCCCCUUCGCCUCCCCACGGCAUCGGCCACCACAUCAAGUUCCCCUGGGCUCCCGAAAUCAAGGCCGUGGCCAUCAUUCCCGAAUUCGAGGUUCCCACCGCCAAGGCCCGCGAGGUUCUUCCCGCCGAGUAUCCCCGUGCGGAUGUUACCUUCAAUCUCCAAAGGAUAGCCCUCCUCCCCGUCGCCCUUGGCCAAUCGCCUCCUGACCCGGAGCUCAUCAACCUGGCCAUGCAGGACAAGCUGCACCAGCCGUACCGCCAGGUUUUGAUUCCCGGUCUGACCAAGAUCGUCGAGUCCAUGACGCCCGCCACGCAGCCCGGUCUUUUGGGCGUGUGCCUGUCCGGUGCCGGGCCGACCAUCUUGGCGCUGGCGACGGAAAACUUUGAGACUAUUGCCCAGAAGAUCAUUGAGGAGUUUAAGUCCAACAACAUUGUCUGCCGUUGGGAGCUGUUGGAGCCUGCGGAUGGGACUACGGUUACUAGGGCUUAG